AUGCCCUCGUCAUAUUUUCCCUCCAUCGCCAUUCCGCCGAUAGAUAUUCGCGAUAAAGACGUGGCUUCGCCUGCCACAUCCCCCGUUGUGCCGCCCUCCCCCACUUCUACUUCUCAUACAUCCAACAGCACUGAUGCCGGUGACACGACGCCCUCCGCUCUACAUCCGCGCGUUGCAGUUAUACUGGGAGUAGAUCGGAAAUGGUGGGUUCCUCUCCUAGUCUGUCGGGCUCUGAGCACUGCGCCUGCUGCAUGGUGGGGACUCCGCUGUGCCUUUACUUUCCUGGCCGAGCUCUUACAUAUCCGGCCGGGAAUGGGACGUGAGGGAUGGGCGGCGGCGAUCGUUGGGAGUGUCGGAGCGGACUGGGACGUUGAGAGGAGAUUUCGUGUCACGGAGGUAGCAUUGGCUAUUAUGUGGUGCUGUGCAUCUGCAUAUCUUUCUUAUUUUUUUGCGGAUUGUAUGAUGUCUCGCUGGCUUUUGAAUUAUACCCCCCCGGCUGUUGUUAUUCGUCUCCUCACAACGAAUGGUUUAAUUGCGUACAUCACAUCUUGGGUUCUUUACCUAUCAGGCGCAUCUUCCGACCCUCGUCUUCUUUUACCAGCUUGGAUCUCAAUUACAACUACAUUGACCUUUUUGUACCAUGCCACCCAGAAUCAUGCUACGAUCAAACGUGAAACUGCUGCCUCGCUCCUGGUGGUUUCCGUGGCCAGCUUUGUCAGUAUGUCUUCACUACUUCUACAGCUACACUUGACACGCGAGAAUGAACCCGAAGUACCGCUCUUCGUCUUGACGCGGAAAAUAUGGGAUUUCGCAGUUGAAGUUGUCCAGAGCAUGCGAGUUGCAAAUGACCGGGUUCGGGAGCUCUAA